UUUCUCAUCAGUUCUACAGAGGCCUUGGAAUCCAAACUGGAGGCCUUGCAGUGCCACUUCACCUGGGAUCUAGAACCUACCAAGUCCCAACUAAAUAAUCUCAGGUAUGCACUGGAGGACAUCGGCACAGAUGAGGGAAAUGUCUGGCUGGGUCACAUCUCCAACCUGCAGGGAUUCAUCCAGUAUAAGCUGGGCUCCUCUGACAAAGCCCUGAGCAUCUUCAGACGAGCCAAUGAGACCUUCCAACAUCUUAAAAACUCUGAUGAAGGUCCCUGGUUGAUAGUGAACUUUGGGAAUCUUGCUUGGCUGCACCAUCUUAUGGGUGAAGAUGAGAAGAGUCAGGAUUACCUGUCAAAGGUUGAAGCUCUGAUGAGAGAAUACCCAGCUCCACCUGAGGAAGAGCUCCACCCAGAGGUCUGUGCUGAGAAGGCCUGGACCCUGAUGAAGUUUGACAAAGAGAAGAAGUUGCAGGCUGCAGAGCUCUUCCAGAAAGCCGUGACGAUGCAGCCAGAUAACGUGGAAUGGCAGACCAGCUGGGCCAUAUUAUCAGCAGAUCCCUUCCAAGACAACAUGGAAGACAUGACUCUUGAUGUCUUUGAGAAACUGAGAUCUGCCACUGAACGAGAUCCAGGAAACUUGUAUGUUGCUGCUCUUUAUCUGAGGGCACGAGCUGCAAAAAGAGAACAAAUAUGGAGAGAAGCUCGUGUUUUGGCUGAAAGGAUCCUAGAAAGAUCUCCAAGCAGUUACCAUGGAAUCAACCAAUUAGGGCGACUGUACAGGGACUAUAUAUCCAAAGAUGAAGCUAUUAAGUUAGUCGAUGAGUACCUGAGGAGAUAUCCUGACUGUCGUCAUGCAAAGAAAUCUGCUGCCAUUUACUACAAGAUGAAGGUCCUUUCUCCAGACUUCACACCCAGUAGUCAAAGCGGCAUGGUCACUCGAGCCAUUAGUCUCUUGGAGGAGAGGAUUGAUCUCUAUGGUGAAUCUAAUCUUAAAGAUCAAAUAGCUCUAGCCGAUUUAUAUGCAAAGAUGGAUAAAGAGAAAGCUGACCAGAUUUAUAAAGAGAUGCUGAAUAGAAAAGACCUGGAUUCAGCAGAGAAACAGAUGCUUUAUAAUUGUUAUGCAAGAUAUUCAUACUUUAAUAGAAAUGAUCGUUUCAGGUCUAUUGAGUACCACGUUAUGGCAGCAGAGAUUCAAGAAGAAUCGAAUUAUCGACAGAAAAGCAUCACAGAGCUAAAGAAGACCUUGUACAUAAUUGAAGACCAUGAAAUUUGUGCUAGGAUUAGGAAGCUUCUGACCAGCCUGAAAAAUCCGCCUGAAACACAGGAUCAGUGAAUACUAGAAAAGCACUGUGAGAGCGCAGACUUCUGCAAGCGUACAUACAAGCUUUAAAGAGCUGGAUAAGACAUUGAAAAAAGCAAAGACCAUAAAAUGUGUGAAAAAAUCAGGGAGCUUCUGGCCAGCCUGGAACACAGAAACAGUGAAUAUUAAACAGAAUUUAGUUAAAAAUAAGUUCAUAGCUGGUUUAUAAGGAUUUAUCUUACAAAAAUAACAUUUAAUGUGAAAAAACACAUAAUCGAAUUUAUUGAAUAAAGCUGUAGAUUCUAACCACACUUUUUAGAUAGUUUAAUAUAUUAAAAUUCAUUCACCAUAAUAUUUAUAUCACUUUUAUUUAUCGAAUAACAUGUUUUGAAAGUUUAAUCAGAUAAAUUCUGAUAUGAAUUAAGAAUUGGAAAUUGGAGCGAGGGCUAAGUGAUGAGCAAUACUGAAGGCA